AUGGAUCCGCGACCGGUGGUGGUCGUCGUGGGCGCGGGAAUGGCGGGCGUGACUGCCGCACGCACUCUGCAGCAAUCCGGGUGCGUGCGAGUGGUGCUUCUGGAGGCGAGUGGCCGGCUGGGAGGCCGCAUCCACUCCGCCACAUUCGGGGGCGACCUGGUGGAGCUGGGCGCCAAUUGGAUCCACGGCAUUCACGGCAGCCCACUCUACGCCAUCGCACUGGAGCAAGGGCUCAUGCACUCCCCUGGAUCUGGUUGCGUGGAGGCGAAUGGGAAGAUACAGGGGGGUGCUGUGGGGGUGCCUGGGAAGGGGCAGGGGCAGGAGAGGCUUUGGAAGGGGGUGAAUCGGUGGAGAAAGGAGGGCGGGGAGGAGAUGGAUGCAGGCGUGGUGAAGGAGGUGAAACGCGUGUUCAGGCGGCUUCUGAGGGAGGCGCAGCUAGUGGGGUCGCGGGUGGGGGAAGGGAAGCAGCAGCAGACGCGAUUUGUGGACAAGACUGGAAGAGAGGUGACAACCGAUGAGAGUGUGGGGCAGUACAUACACGAGGGCAUGCUGCAAUACCUGGCCACGCAAGGCUGGACCCACGCGGAAACCACCCCGGAGCAUCAGCAUGUGCAGAAUGGCAGCAUGAGCAAUAACGGCGAUAAUGGCUGUGACAGUGACAGCGAUGACGAGGAUGACGACGAGGACAGUGCUAGUGCCGGUCCCUCCGUUGCUGCUACUGCGCCCACUCAAGCGUCUGAACCAGCAUCAUCACCACCAGCACCAUCAGCAGCACCAUUAGCAGCAGCAGCACCAUCACCAGCUGCGAGCAGCAGCGAGCAGGCAGUGGAAGUGGAGUGGGCGUCAGAGGCAGUGAGCGUUGAGGGUGGUGGUGUGGCAGCAGCUGGCAGCAGCAGCAGCGAGCGGGCAGGUUUCGAGAAUGUGGAGUGGGCAUCAGAGGCAGUGAGGGCGAAAGCAGCGGCUUUUGAGGCGCCCCAUAAGUCAGCAGCAGCAGCUGGGAGCAGCAGCAACGAGCGGGCAGGUGUCGAGAAUGUGGAGUGGGAGUCAGAGGCAGUGAGGGCGAGGGCGGCGGUGUGGCAGCAGAGGGAGCGGCUGGAGUGCACCAUCAGCGCCUGCCACUCCACGCACCACCUCUCCCUGCGCUACUUCGGUGAAUACGAGGAGUUUGGCGGGCCGCACGUCACCAUCGCCCAGGGUUACUCCCGCAUUGUGGAGCAUCUAGCAUCGAGCCUCCCUGCAGGCUCCAUCCGGCUCAAAUCUCCAGUCUCGCAGAUUCACUGGUCCCCUCUUACCUUUUCCUUGGUAGGCGGAAGAGGAAGAACGGUUGAAGAAGCAGAGGCAGCAGCAGGAGGGAAGGAAGACGAAUCAUCAUUGUCAGCAGGAGGAGCAGCAACACUGGAGCAGCAACAGGGGGGAGAGGAGGAGAAGAGAAAGCCAGUGUGUGUGGUGUUGGAGGGAGGAGAGAGGGUCUAUGCAGACCAUGUGAUUGUAACGGUGACACUGGGCGUGCUUAAAGAGAGAGCUGCUGGGAAGGACGCUAAUUCCCUGCCCAAACGAAACCUUUUCUGCCCGCCUCUGCCCGAAACGAAACUGGGGGCCAUUCGCCGGCUCGGAUUCGGAGUGGCUGACAAAGUGUUUCUGGAAUUCCCACAGCCGGCAGUGUUCGGAGAGGACACAGCAGAGCUGGAGAUAGUGUGGGACGUGCUGGCUCAACCCCUUGCGCCUCCAACACACUGGCCUGGCCCUUGGUGGGGCUCAGAUGCUGCUCAUGCUGAUGCUGAUGCGAAUGCUGUUGGUGCUGCUGAUGCAUCGGCUCGCCUUCCUGCGUGGACGCGGAAGCUUUUCUCCUUCCACCCAGUCAACGCGCAGUCGCGAGUGGUGCUGGCGUGGAUAGCCGGGAAAGAGGCAUACGACAUGGAGUCCUGGCAUGGGGAAGAAAGGACAGAGGAGAGAGAGUGUGAGCUCGAGAACGGAUCAAGCGUCUGUAAUGGCAGCAUGGCUGCCAAGGCUAGUAUCGCGCAAGCUGAUUCUGCUAGCGGCGCUGCUGCUGCUGCUGCUGCUGCUGCUGCUGCUGCUGCUGCUGCUGCUACUGCUGCUGCUACUGCUGCUGCUACUGCUGCUGCUACUGCUGCUGCUACUGCUGCUGCUACUGCUGCUGCUGCUGCUGCUGCUACUGCUACUGCUACUGCUACUGCUACUGCUGCUACUGCUGCUGCUGCUGCUACUGCUGCUGCUGCUGCUACUGCUGCUGCUGCUGCUACUGCUACUGCUACUGCUACUGCUACUGCUGCUGCUACUGCUACUGCUACUGCUACUGCUGCUGCUGGUGAGGCGAAUGGUUUAGCCCAGUUGACAACCGUCACUACCACCACUGCCUCCCCCACUCCCCCUCACUUCAACCGCACGCUCUGCAACGUUAUCCGGCAUUUCCUUCCAAAAGAAACCGCCGCACGGCUCCCAGAGGCCGUGGCUGGGCUGCGCACGCAGUGGUGGUCGAACCCUCUGUUCCGAGGGUCGUACUCGUUUGUGCCUCCUGGGGGCUCUGGGGAGGACUUGAACAUCAUGGCUCUGCCUGUGCCUGGUGGAGCAGCAGCAGCAGCAGAAGGAGAAGCAGGAGCAGAAGCAGCAGUGAAGCUGCAGGUGCUGUUUGCAGGGGAGGCCACGGAAAGGCACCACUACUCCAACACGCAUGGGGCGUACCUGUCAGGAAUCAGGGAAGCAGGGAGGCUCAUAGCUCUCUACGGCUCCCAUGGCUAG